AUGGAUUACCAACAAAAGAAGAACCUGUCGUUUGCCACCAUUGGACUCAUAUUUUUCUUGAGUGGCAUCGAAUAUGCUGUCAUCCUCCCAACUAUAUGGCAGUACCUACAGAUUCUGGAGGCUCCGCCCUGGUUCCUGGGUUUGGGUCUAUCAGCAUUCAGUUUAACUGGGUUACUGUCAGGACCUCUUUUUGGACACUGGUCUGACAAAACACGCACUACAAAGUCUAUCAUUCUCUUCUCCAAUGUCUUUGAAAUUGUGGGUAACUUUAUGUAUUUCAUGGGAUAUUCCAAGUGGCUCUUGCUGUGUAGUCGACUCGUUGCAGGUAUAGGCGCAGGUGCAGGCUCCUCCAUUUUCGGAUUCCUCACCCGUACCACUGUCUCAGAGGAGAGGGCCAGGGUAUUCGCUGCUGUCAUGGCGUGUCGUCAAGCUGGCCUUCUGAUUGGACCUGCUUUCAACAUCUUCCUUAGGUUGUGUGAUUUUAAGCUAGGGCCAUUUAGAGUGAACAAGUACACAUCUCCUGGGCUUUUUAUGUGUGCUAUGUGGUCGCUGCUCCAGUUUGCUGUGGUACUCUUUUACUGGGACAUCCCCCCCGUGGACUGUGCUGAGCUACAGACGGUUUAUGCGGAGGUAAAGGAGGAGGAGGAACCGUUGAUGGGGACUGAAGAUGAAGCUGCUGUGGACACGUACGGUUCUGUUAUCUCUGAGUUUCAGUCGGAGGAGACGCAGCUUUCACCUCAGCUCCCCCCGUCUCCUCCGCCCUCUCCUCCACCAAACCACCUCCGCUCCUCAACACCUGACGACCCCUUUGAAAACUUCAGUGCCAGCGAGGAGUUUCUGCGAGAGGAGGUGGUGGUACUUCUCACUGCCCAGUUCAUUACACUCUUUAACCAGACAGCACUGGAGACCAUGGUGACUCCUGUGACGCAGAAGUACUUUGGCUUUGCUGAGCUGGGUAAUAGUGUCAUGUACAGUCUGUGUGGGGUGGAGGUGAUUGCUGGUUUUUUCCUCGUGCGCUGGCUGAGCAGGCUGGUGGCGGACCGGGUGGUGCUGGCGACGGGGGUGAGCAUCUGCUGCGUGGCUUGCGUCUGGUGCAUCGUCUUCCUCGCCAAUCCGCGGGGUGGCUACUCUUUAGAGUUGAUGGAGUUUGUGGUGGGGGUGUUUCUACAGUUGCUGGGUCUUCCCUUUGUUGCCGUGUCUCAGGUGUCCCUCUUCUCUAAAGUCACAUCUGAGAAAACACAAGGGUUUAGUCAGGGCAUUCGGCGCUCCGUCGGCGGUCUUGCCACCAUCCUGGGUCCUCUGUGGGCAGGUGGACUGACGAGCAACCUUUACAUAAUGCUGGGCAUGAUGAUGUUUCUACUCAUACUCAUUACGAUUAUGAUGGUGUUGUCCUAUGAUCGCCUCGUGGAGCCUCCGGUAGUCCAACAUGCACAAAGCUCUGAGAGCAUUGGCUGA